CUUACAAUGAGCCGGUGUUUACUGCGUCUUCUUGCAUACAACUCGCACCAAACACGCAGCAAACGUGGCGACAAUGUUCAGGAAAAAACAUCGCAUGUGUUAUUUAUCAUAACACGGGUUUCACUUGACAUAUCAACAAAAUGAUUCUGAUCCUCUCAGACUGACUGAAGAUGAGCGAUGUGGUACAAAAGGAGGACAGAUCGAAGUCUCCAGGAUCCAGUUCUUUGUCUGUGAAGAGUGAGUGGUCCAAAGGAGAACUUCCAGGCUUUAGUGAUGAAUCUACAGGCACAAAAGCUCAGCACCUCAGAUUAGAGUCUCCAGGAUCCUGUUCUCUGUCUGGGAGGAGUGAUUGGUCCAGAGGAAAUCCUCCAGACUUCAGCAAUGAGCCUGGACCCUCAGACACAAAUCUUGCUAAUUGUGGACUGACUGGGAUCAACUGCAGCUCUCUGGUCUCAGCUCUGAAGUCCAACCCAUCCUAUCUGAGAAACCUGGGCCUGAGCAGAAACAAGAAUCAGAAGAACUUGCACGAUUCACUAGUUAAGCUACUGACUGCUGGACUGGAAACUCGCAGGUUGAGUGAUUGCAGUCUGUCAGAGAUCAGCUGUGCUUCUCUGGCCUCAGCUCUGAAGUCCAACCCCUCACAUCUCAGAGAGUUGGAGCUGAGUGGAAAGGAGUGAAGCUGCUGUCUGCUGGUUUGGAGAGUCCGAAUUGUCGACUGGAAACUUUAAAACUUAAUCACUGUGAACUACCAGACAGCUGCUGUUCAUCUCUGGCCUCAGCUCUGAAAUCGACCCCCAUCCAUCUGAGAGAGCCGGAUUUGAACUAUAAUAAGCGUGAUUCAGGAGUGAAGCUGCUGUCCAGUCUUGUGGAGAGUCUACAAUGUUCACUGUAGUUUCUGAGUCUGCAGGAGUUCAUCUGAACCAAAGACAACAAACUAUUGUGUUGACACGACAGCUGUGGAUACAAGACUAACACCUGGACAACACCUGGACAGCCAAAAAAAAAGUCCCACUCAGUCAGUAGAAGACCAUCUUCUACUGGGUAGAUCUGGAUAUCAGACAGUGGAACAACAUCUGGACACAGUGGGAUAGCUUCACGACAGUAAAGUUCUGUUGACAAGCCACUGGGUCUGCAGGAAGGAGAAGACAGUGGAGGGAUGGGAGGAACAUUGUGUAAAGAGGAGGUGGAGGAGGAAACAAGGAGGAGUGUGGGAAGGGAGGACAGUCUGACAUCAGCAGACAGAAUCCGUCGAUUCACCAUCAAACAGUUUGGAUAUAAUGUCCUGAGUCUUGCUCGCCGAGGACUGAAGGAGGUCCCAGAUGAACUGUGGGAGCUGUUGGAAUUGGAUAAGCUGAAUUUGUCCCUCAACAGCCUGAAGGUUCUUCCUCCUCAUCUGGCUCUGCUGUCCAACCUGGUGGUCCUCAACCUGUGGGGUAACCAGCUCAGCAGCCUGCCAGCAGAGAUCGGACAGCUGAGGAGACUCCGAGUUUUAUUCGCCUACAGAAACAGACUGACAGAAGUCCCUGAAGAGCUGGGAGCCUGUACACAACUGGAGGUCUUCCUCCAUCUGGCCUGUAACCGUCUGGAGAACCUGGCAGAGAACAUCCAGGCUCUGGUGGAGCUAAAGAUCCUCAUUGUGGAGGGAAAUAGUCUCCACUCUCUGCCGAAGGCCCUCUGCUGCCUCACCAGGUUGGAGUUGCUGAAUCUGGACUUUAACGACAUUAAGGACGUACCACAGGAGAUGCACCAGUUGUCCCGACUGGAGAAGUUGGCCUGCCAUCCUCUGGAUAAAGGACUCCACAUUAUCCACAAUCCGCUGCUGAAGCCUGUGAAGGAGGUGCUGGAGGGGGGGCUCGGUGACCUCUUUAACUACCUCAGAGCUGGGUAGAGGUGGUGGCCUUUUGGACAAUAGUGUAUCUUGCAGCCUGUAAAUGUGAAAACAAACAUCUGAUAAAAUCUGUUCGGUGAAAUAUAUUGAAAUCCUAGAGUUGAUCAUUUUUAUAUAUAUAUUUUUACUGUAGUUUACUGAACUUCAACUUUUUUUUACAUUAAUUGUGUCUCUGAUUGUUUUUAUUACUAUAGUAGCAGCGGUUUGUGUGGUCUGCAUGGUGAAAAAGUUAUGGGACACUGCCAAAAACACCUGAUGCUGCUCAAGGCAUCUUUUAACUUGUGUAUGGAUUUAUUGUAGUUCAUGUGCGAUCUAUUUAUUUGUCUGCCUGACCUGAAGAGAAAUUGCUGGGCUUUCUUCCCUUCUUUCUGUUGAGCUUUAAGGACAGAGCAUGAAAACCACUGAGUCAAACUAUGAUUUGGGUCCGUAUUAAUAAAACGAACUUAUCUGGUAGUUGUAUCUUCUCA